UAAUCAUUAUGCUGCGGAUUACGUUGAAGUUUCUGAUGCAAAUUACGAGUUUAAAAUAAGAAAAUGUCGUGGAAUGCGCCCAUUUGAAGUUUUGAUCAAGAAUCGUCCAGCAGUAAUCAGAUACCACUCUGAUAAAGGCUACUGGCACAGGUUUUCUGGAGUUAGUGUCACCUUCUACAUCAUCACUCAGAAAUUGUCAGAUUCAACUGUAAAUAGAUGGGAUCCAGCUAUUAAACAAUCCAAACCUGGUGAAGUUACCAUUGAUUGGGAUCACUCGACGCUGCCAUCAAAGAACUAUACUGUUGUGCCGUUUUAUAACUAUACAACGAAAGGGGAGCCAUUUCUGUACAUCAUUGAACAUAGAAAGGAAACGUCAAUGGUAACGCAACACCUCAAUCCAGGUUCUUCGUAUUCCUUUAAAGCCAUUGCUUUUAAUUCUGUGAACAUGAGAGCCGCCUUAGUCGUAAGCAGUACAACAACUGUCUUAAUGAGGAAUGGUACGUAAUGAUAUUCACUGUUCAUCCAGUUUCUGUGUAAAUUAAGGAAAUUGCUAGAAGAUAUUGGAUGGGCGGCCGGAGAUAUGGAUUUUUC